AUGAUGCACGAGGUGUGCGUGGCAGCCUGGGCGGCUGCUGUGCAAGCGCUUUGGCAUCUUGCUACUCCUGGAGCCACACUCUCCACUCGUGUCGCUCCCACGCUGUCCCCCGUGAAUUUCAUGAAUGAUGUCGAUGAGGUAGACGAGCCCCCUGCCGUCCCUGCGCCGUCCAAACCAGGCCCAGAUGUCAAGCCACCACCAGCAAAUAGUAUCGUGGAAGAUGUUGACCUGGCUACAUUCAAGCCUACCUUCAUACCCAGUGGAUCCAAACCGAAAGACGGGGAGAAAGAAAAACAAGAAACAGAAGGGUUCAAAGGGUAG